ACCAGUAUUGCAGAAUUAAAAAUUGGUUUGCAAUACCCAAUCCUUUUUGAGCGUAUUGAAGCUACAAUUCUUAAGCUUGAGACUAGAAAUGCAAAAAUAAAACCAAUUAUUGAGGAAUUUGCAAAGAAAUCAGAAUCUAAGAAAAAUCGUAAAUUUCAAGAGAAAUGUAUUUUAAUAACCCAGAUACUUCUCAAUGAGGAACCUAUAGUUGAAUCUCGUCCUUCUUUCUUGAAUGGGUUAGAGCUCGAUGCCUUCUUUCAAAAAUGUCAAAUUGCGUUAGAGAUACAAGGGGCUCAACAUCGGCUCCAUAGCACUAGUUGGUAUAAAGAUGUCAAAAAACUCGAGGAUAUUGUUAAUUGUGAUCGGAAAAAAAGAUACAUAUGCCAAGAUAACGGAAUUUUUCUUCUUGAGGUAUGGUAUGAUGAAAAACCAGAAAUUGUUAUUCCUAAAAGGAUACAAAAAAUUAAGGGUUUCGUUAAUCAACCGUUUAGAACUUUCGACCUAUAA